UCACAAUCUCACGUCGCCAUGGCUCUCAUUCCAAGUUUGUUGAGCUUUCUGGUGCUUGGCUGGGCUCAUGAGGUACCGGACCAAGCAUAUAAGGCCCCAUUUGGGGCCCCCAUGACGUUGAAUCAGAGCUCCUUGGACAACUUUGUGAGCUGCGACUGUGGCUUCACUUGUGCCCAGCAGCUGGGAUCUUCGGGCAUCUUUCAACUUGCCCAAAGCUGUGCUUGUACCGUGUGCUCCAAAAGCCUUCGGGGCACAGGUGAGACUUCACACAACGGGGUAGACAUGACCAGCCUAGCCGGCUCCAAGAUCCUGUUGCCAAGUGGAAGUUGGGAUAGUGCAAACAUGAAUGGGACGAACUUGCUCUACUGCACCUCAGCUUGAAGACGUUCAAGGGGGCAUGGCUGAAGAGGCAGAUGUGGAAAGCUUUGCGCGGACGCUCGGCCAAUGGGCUUCUAUACUACAUACGCUUGCCUCAGGUUUCGAUGCGCUCCGUGCUAAUCAUUGGAUGAGGUGCUCCCAUUGCUCCCCUCAAUCCUCAUUGUAUAGUCUACGUGUAUAGCUGCAGGGCCGACUUCCCUGGACGGUUGCCGAGUGCACAGCCACGGAGGGAGGCCACCUGCCUUGCUAUGGCCCUAAGACGGCCUACUGUAUUUGACCGUUACCAGUGGGUCAAAACCAGGGAUGGUCAUUUAGGAAUAGUGUGUUCAUGUUUGUUCUUAAAAAUAGCAUGGUGCUAUACUUUGAUGAAUAUAAAAAUGGGUGGCACAUGUUGGCAUGAAAAGACCUGUUUCGGCCUGUUUCACUGGCCUCUAAUUCAAUCUGGGAGGGAACUGAAGUCCCUCCACACCCGUACAGCCAACGCUGCCCUUUGAAGCAGCACCUCUAUGCGAUCCACGUGGAUUGCUCAGACCAGCUCGAUUCCUGUCCGACUGGGUGAAUCGAAAA